UUUGAAGUUGAUUAAACCCUCAGAGAAAGUGCUCAUUUUCUCCUCUUCGUCUUGGGAACUGAAAAUUCUAGAGACUUCUUUUGUAUAAGUCAUAAGCCAAUGUUUGCUGGUCACCACUAUCAACGCUUGAGCUGUCUUCGUCCAGGUACUUAAAACUAUGAAAGUUGAAGCGAGGCCCCUGGCUGCCAGCACAAUUUGAUUUUACCAUUGUCGAUUUUUGUACCAUCUUCUGUUUCCCUUCUCAUGUGUACCUUCUCAGUAACUCACACUGUUUUUCAGACAGAGAUUUAUCGAGAGUAUAUCGGGAUUUGUAUUCUUGUCAACAUAAUAAUACACCCAACUCCGAUAUCAUGUCAUUACCAUCAAACCCCUCAACUAAGGUUAGUCCGAAGUCUAACGGAAACUCAAUAUUUAUUCCAAAUGUUUGAUAAAUCGUAAUAUUUGUGUCGUAAAGCAUGAGCAUGCAAUAGCAGAGCGCAGAUCCCUAUACUAAUGUUCUCCCUUCAAAGCUACGCAAACAAAGCCCUUCAUUACCUCCAAAAAUCUGCAUAGUCGGUGCUGGACUUUCAGGACUCCGGUGUGCCGAUAUUUUACUCCAGCAUGGUUUCGACGUCACAAUAUUAGAAGGUCGAGAUCGAAUAGGUGGAAGAGUUCACCAAAUAAACCUACCAUCAGGUCCCCUAGUCGAUUUAGGGGCAAAUUGGCUUCAUGGCAGCGAGGAUCAGCCUUUAUUAGAUAUCGCCAAGAAGACAAACACAGGAGUGCAUACCUGGGCUGAAAAAGGGAUAUGGUUUGGAGAAGAUGGGAAGCCCUUGACUGAGGGAGAUGCAAUGAUGAAUGAAGUGUGGGAGAUAAUUCAUGGAGCUUUUAAGUAUUCGGAGGAAAAUUCGGAGACUAUUGAUCCGGAUAAGAGUCUUUAUGAUUUCAUAGAGGAAAAGCUUGUGGAAGCGUAUCCUGAUGAUGCCGAGAAGAGGAGAAUAUCGAUCCAGUUUGCUGAUAUAUGGGGAACUUUUGUUGGCAGUUCAGUUAAAAAGCAAAGUUUGAAAUUCUUUUGGCUGGAGGAGUGCAUUGAUGGAGGUGAGUUCAUUUUUUCUUUAUCUCCAGCUGCUGAUAGACAUGCUCAAAUUGACAAUGGCUUCGAUGUUUGUCUAUAUUGUCUAAGUGGCAAAUCACAUCUGCAUAUUCGAGGGUUAAUAUAUAUAUCAGAAAACAUCUUCGUUGCGGGAACAUAUAAAAAUGUUCUCGCUCACGUGGCCAAACCAGCUCUGGAAAAUGCAAAGAUACAAUUCUCAACCAAAGUUACUCGCGUGGAAACAAAUCCAGAUAAUGUCGCUGUAUUCACAGACGACGGCAAGAAGCUCGAGUUCGAUGAGGUAGUAAUGACAGCACCUCUCGGCUGGUUGAAGAAAAACAAAGAAGCCUUCCAACCUCAACUCUCCUCACGAUUUCUUUCCGCCAUUGAUUCCCUCGGUUUUGGCUGUCUCGAAAAGGUUUGCGCUCCAUGUUCUCUGCCAAAAUCUGUAGUCUAACAAGUUCAAGAUCUAUAUAACCUUCCCUCGCCCUUUCUGGAGCAACUCUGCCCUCCCCCUCUCCGCACAAACCUUCGACGGUUUCACCCAAUGGCUCUCGCCCGUCUACGCCCCCACCACAAACCCCGACAAAUGGCAUCAAGAAAUCGUACCUUUAUCAUCCUUCACGCCAGAAAAUGCACAUCCUACACUCCUCCUCUACAUCUAUGGUGCACAAUCCUUGCAUUUCGCCAAAACCCUUUCUACUCUGCAAACACAGAUUGAAAAGGAUGAAUUUUUGAUUACGUUUUUUAAACCGUAUUAUUCACUUCUUCCAAAUUUUAAGGAGGAAGAUGAGGGAUGCAGACCGCUCAGUUGUGUGGCGACUACGUGGGUUAAUGAUGACUUGGCGGGAAAUGGAAGUUAUACUAACUUCCAGGUGGGGUUGAAGGAAGGGGAUGAGGAUGUGAAAAUUUUGAGGGAGGGUGUGCCGGAGAGGGGACUCUGGUUUGCAGGGGAACAUACGGCGCCUUUUAUUGCCUUGGGGACGACGACGGGAGCUUAUUGGAGCGGAGAGGCUGUGGGAAAGAGGAUUGUUGAUGCUUAUAGGAUGGGCGGGAAGGGGGCGUGAAGGAGGGUUCUUUUUAGUUUUGGAUGCAUUAUGGGAGUUGUGUACACUGUGGAGGGUGGUAGUAGAUUUGAUGUGUGUACAUUGGGCAUACAUUUGCAU